AUGCAACUCUUGCAACUCUUGCACAUUACUAGACUCAAACGUAUUGCGAAUCCACUUCUUCGCCCCGACGUUAGUCGCCUCGUAUUGUCGAAGCGAGCCCCCACAUAUCGCCUGCAGGAUCAAAAGAAGGGUCUCACGCUUACCUUUUUCAGUCCUCUUUCUCGCAGGACCUUCAGCUCCUAUUUCCGCAAAAUGGCUACCGACAAGCCAACCUCCCCAAAAGCCAAGCCCUUCACACAACUGCCCACAGACUGUCUGAUAUCUAUCCUGGAUCAACUGUCAUCGAAAGAUUCAUUAGCAGUAUCCACGACAUGCAAAGAUGUCCGGGCCUCGGCUACGCCUUUCGCCUACCGCGAUGUCACCCUCGACUGGUCCAACCGGCCUCUGCGCCGACUACUGCAGCUAUUGCGAUUGAUCUUCAAUGACCCCGACAUAGCAUCGUAUAUCCACCACGUCAGUCUUGUGUCCUCUGAACCAGGAACCUGGGAAGAAACCCCGCCGGCCUUGGACUGGGAAACAGAGUGCCACAAUUUCCGCGAUGUCAUCAACCAGUCCAUAGACAUUAUCCAGCGCGCCGGAUUCAGCGACCUCGAUGACUGGCAUGCGGUCCUGAAGAGCGGAAAUACCUACUGCUACGCGGCCAUUCUCCUCUCCCAGCUGCCCAACCUAAAGUCCCUACGUCUAGACUACUCCUUCGUCUGGCAGGACGGGUACCCAGGCACCAUGCUCAAGCAGGCUCUCUUCUCCCCGAAUGGAGUGUUAUCCACCUUCCAGCAUCUCGAGAUAGUAGACUACGGCGGCAACGUCCCCAUCGCCGAGCAUGAGGACGAAUCCCGGGAUGGCUAUCCCGCCUGCAAUCCAGACCAAUUCAUGGCCUGGUUCUAUCUCCCCUCGCUACGCCACUUAUCAAUCUGGCUGCGCGACAUCAGCGAACUCCAGGACAACGUCCCAAAGCUCCAUCUCAACAAUCUAGAAACACUCAUCCUCGCACGAACCACCAUCUCCGAAUCCGACGUAUCUUUCCUCCUCUCCCAGACCCCCAACCUCCGAACCCUGCACCUAGGCCUAGCCUACGCCUGGGGCAGAGAACUAGUCCUCCAGAACGCCGACACGCUAGCAAACGCCCUGAAACCCCUCCACGAGACACUCCACCACCUCUCCCUGGGAGUAGAAUACUACCCUUCGACCCUGGGCGACCGCUACUGGGACGGCGCAGACGACCACUUCCACGAGCCCCUCGGGGGUAUGCUGUCCUGGUUCCCGAAUCUGGUCUCCGCGGAGGUCCCCCUCUGCGUGAUUAUGGGUUGGUAUAUCCAGGAUGCCACCGAUCUGGGGCCUCGGCUGCCCAGAUCCCUGCAGAGGUUGUGCUUGCGGGAAGAUCUGCGCAGUUUUUAUGAUUUCGAGUGGGAGCAGGAUGAGGUCGAUGGGCUUAUUCGGGGGUUUGUUUCCAGUUGGCGUGGGUUUAGUCCGCAGUUGGAGUGUAUUACUUGGCGACUGUGGGACCAGAAUUAUAUGGAUGGGUGGGAGGAGUUUCAGGGGGAGUUGAGGGAGGCUUGUGCGGAGAAAGGCUUGGGGCUGGAGGUGGUUGUGGAUGAGCUUGGGACGGGGUUGUGGAGUCGGGAGGAGUUUUCUUUGGCGAGGGGUGUGUCGUAA